CGUCAGGCCAGCAAGAGAGCGAUCUCCUCCUACUUGUAAUGUCUGGGAGACAAUUUUUGUGAGUAAACAAAGCGAAGAGAAAGAAAAUGCACCUGAGCGAGAACGAAGGCAUAGAGGGGAACACCUUCGUGGUGACCGGUGGGCUGGGGUUCGUGGGCUCCGCUCUCUGCUUGGAGCUCGUGAGAAGAGGCGCUCGCCAGGUCCGAUCCUUUGACCUCCGAACCGCAUCGCCUUGGUCCCAAAACCUCAAAGACAACGGUGUCCACUGCAUCCAAGGGGAUAUUGUGCAUAAAAAAGAUGUUGAGAGAGCACUGCGUGGUGUGGGCUGUGUAUUCCACCUGGCCUCAUAUGGCAUGUCAGGGAAAGAAAUGCUCCAGUUCGGUCGUGUCGAUGAGGUCAAUAUAACUGGGACCUGCCAUGUGUUGGACGCUUGCCUUGAGCAUGGGGUCAAAAGGCUUGUUUAUGUGAGCACGUACAAUGUUGUGUUUGGGGGAAAGGAAAUUGUGAGCGGCAACGAGUCUUUACCUUAUUUCCCAAUAGAUGACCAUGUUGAUGCAUAUGGUCGUAGUAAAUCAAUUGCUGAACAGUUGGUUCUAAAGAGCAAUGGUCGUCCUUUCAAGAAUAAGGAUCGCAAUUGUCUUUAUACCUGUGCGGUUCGUCCUGCAGCUAUAUAUGGACCAGGUGAAGAGAGACAUCUGCCUAGAAUAGUAUCCCUAGCAAAGAAAGGUCUGCUGCCAUUCAAAAUUGGUGAAGCAAGUGUAAAAACAGACUGGAUUUAUGUGGAUAACCUUGUACUUGCACUGAUAUUGGCUAGCAUGGGACUGUUGGAUGACAUUCCUGGGAAAGAGAAACAUCCAGUAGCUGCUGGCCAGCCGUACUUUGUAUCUGAUGGGUGUCCAGUCAACACUUUUGAAUUCAUCCGACCUCUUUUGAGAAGUUUGGAUUAUGACCUGCCAAAAGCUUCCAUAUCUCUUCCCCGCGCACUUCUUUUGGGGAAGAUUUUCGGGGGCUUCUAUACAAUCUUGUAUCCAUGGUUGAAUCGGCGGUGGCUUCCUCAGCCAUUGAUGCUUCCUGCUGAAGCAUACAAGGUUGGUGUUACCCAUUACUUCUCUUUCCUUAAAGCAAAGGAGGAGCUUGGCUAUGUCCCAAUGGUGACCCCUCGAGAGGGCAUGUCUGUAACCAUCUCUUACUGGCAACAGAGAAAGAGGAAAACUCUGGAUGGUCCUACUGUAUAUACAUGGCUAUUCUGUGUCAUUGGAAUGAGCACACUAUUCUGCGCUGCUUUUAUACCAGACAUAGGACCUGUGCCACUCUUCAGAGCUCUCAGUCUUUUCUUAUUCCGAUCAAUGAAGAUAGUAAGGAUGGUAUUUAUUCUAGCUACAGCAGCACAUAUUGGUGAGGCUAUGUAUGCGUGGCACCUGGCAAAAAGGGUUGAUCCCACAAAUGCAAGAGGAUGGUUUUGGCAAACUUUUCUUCUUGGAUUCUUUUCAUUGCGUUUUUUGUUGAAGAGAGCAAGGGAGUAAGAGACUCAUUUUCUAUGUUCCCGUAUGGUUGUAAAAGAUCUUCCCUAGUGUUAAAGAAGAUGGAAACGAAUGCGAGUCUCUCAUGGUUCCAUAAGAAUAGGAAAUAAAUAUAGUUUAUGUCU